CUGUGCUUCAUCCACAUUAACCAUCUCAAUGAACUCAGUGUGCUUCUUUUGUUAUUCUAAACAUCCGUGUUGCAUUCCAACAGAGAGUGGGGGACUGGUUGUCUGGGAUAGAUUGUUUGGGGCAGCCCAUCAGUCCAAUGCCGCAGCAGAAGGCGUGGGAAGCUUGUAUGGCCUGGCCUAUGGAGCAGUCAGGUAUCACCCUCUUUCGCCUCACAUGGAUCAAUGAAAGGAAAAGUUUAGUAUACCCUCACGCCAUUUCAAAUUUUAAGUCAUUUUUAUUUUGUUCUAAAUCAAUCUUCUCUAACUUUGAUCAUGUUUGUUCAAAAAUCAACAUAUAUUUAUAACAUAAAAGUAACUUAACAUAUAGAUAGUGCAUUUAUUUGAUAUGAUAGAUGUUAAUACAUUUUUCUAUAAACUCGAUCAAAUCUACAGAAGUUUAACUUUGUGAGAGUACAUCUAGACCCAUAUGUUUUUGGUGAGUUGUAUGCCAAAACGAUUAGAGGACUAACUUGUCUGAUAAAAGUUUUGAGUAGGAAUUUAUUCUUAUUAUUAUUGUGGUAUUAUUGCUUAUAAGAUAUGUGAUUAUUUGAUGACUCAUAUUGAUAGCCAGAAGCAACUGUAUGAUCCCAAUAAAGAAAAAAAUUGAGAUAUAUGAUGAGCAUGUGGGCGAAUGAUCUUAUAGAUAUGGUUACAUGUAUGAUUAUUAGUCUCUAAUUAAUGGGAAAGCUUUUGGCACAUGAUGGGAUAUCAAAAUUAAAAACGAUGAUGACUCAUAUGAGAAGAAAUGGCAAGCUAGUGUGCAUGAUUAAGAGACAUAGUUUUAUGUACUAUCAUUGGCCUCAUUAAUUGAAAGCUUGUGAACAAGUCAUGGCAUAUUCAAUUGAGAAACAAAAAUCAAGUAACUGAAAGACAAGGAUUUAAACAGGUAUUUAUGGUUGUUGUCAAAGCAAAAAAAUCAAGUAGUUUAUUAGAUGGGUAUUCAUGGUUGAUAUCCUUGUAUAUAUAUAGAAGUUUGGUUUGUUCCAUAACUCGUAGAGUGAUUGUUACAUAUUUAUCGGGGUUCCCUAUGUAAAACUGGCUAGACCAGUUUUGGACUGACAGUGUGUUUGAGUUUUGUUAAUUAUUGCAGGAUUUGCCUAUUCGCUCCACCUAGGUGACAUCUCGGUACCCGUGCUCUGCUUGAGGCUGGGAAGCUAAGCAGGGAGGGCUAUUACGGCGGCAUGGUGCAUGCGGUGUUCCUCGUUCAAAAGAGAUUCAUGUGGGCCAAUACAUUCCGAUUGGAUUGUUCGGUGCUGGGGCAGCCCUCCGGCCCAGUGACGAAGAGGAAGAGCUGGAAGGGUUGUGUGCGGCCCAUGAAGCAGACGGUUCCGGAUACCUGUGCGAUUAUGGCCUGCAUCGUGGCCGUGGAGGGGAUGCACCGCAAGGUGUACGAGGCGUCCCACGGCAAGGGCAAAUUCGCUUGGAAGGCCGCGGAGGUUUGGCCGGAGAUCCUGCGGGCCAUGUGCAAGGGACAAAACAUCUGGAAGGAAGGCGAGGGAGCCAAUACGGGCAGAGUGUUAGACGAGAUAAUACGCCUUCGGGGCGUGGGGAUCGCCAGCGACGAGGUGCCGAUCACGAUGCCGCUGCGCGCCUGGGAGCAGCACGUCGGCGACGAGCUGCUUACCCCGGAGCGCGUGGCCGCGCUGCUAGACCAAGGCCCCUGCGUCGGCCGUCUCUGGGUCUGUCCAUGGUACUAUUGGUUCGACACCGCGAAGAACAAUGAUGACUGGAUCUACCGUGGCUGUGGCCGGGACAAAAGGCUCAGGGACGAAAGCAGAAAGCUCUACGGUAAGAAGGCGACGGGCUCGCAUGCUGUUGUCUGUUUCGGGUAUCGGUUCUGCAAAACGGGAAAUGGUGAGGAGACAAUGUGUGUGCUGGUGAUGGACAACCACGACAACGAAGGCCCGCAGCGGUGGAUCGACGUUGAAGAGCUUGAUGCGAUCUACACCCUGAGCGUGGACUGCCUAGCCUAGCUAUUUGUAAUAAACUAAGUACUACGAGGCUGUUCAGUUGAACCCAUAGCAGACAGAGGUAGGGUUUUGUAAGCAAGCUAUUGUGGAUCGAUGAUGUUGGUUGUACAUGGGUUCAACAUCAACAACCUUGGCUAUGCAACAUGUAAGCGCCAUGCAAGGAGCUCUUCCUUACAUAUAUA